CGCGUGCGAGAGGCACACUCAUCGAUACAUUCUUAUUGCUGACACAUAAACGGCACUCCCUACCGGCCUGAACGGUUGAAACGCUACAAAAUGACUUCGUCUUACGAACGUAUCAAAUCAGAAUGCAAACAGAAGGGUGUAUUAUGGGAGGACGAGGACUUCCCGGCCACACAGUCGUCCGUCUUCUACCAUCAAACGCCACCGUUUACCUUCCAGUGGAAAAGACCACACGAGAUCGUUUCCAAUCCAGUAUUCGUCAACGAUGCGUCCGCCCAGUUUGACAUAGUGCCCGGCAAGAUGGGUGAUCGGUGGUUGGUAUCGUGCUUGGGUGUGCUGUACCUUUCCAAGGGCUUGUUUUACCGUGUCGUCCCGGCCGAUCAAAACUUCGACAAACCUUACUAUGGCGUGUUUCGCUUUCGGCUUUGGUGGUGUGGCGAAUGGUUGGAAGUGCUGGUCGAUGAUCGAUUGCCCACAAUAAACGGCAAGCUGGCGUUCCUUCAGGCACAGAAUACCAACUCUUUUUGGCCGGGUUUGUUGGAGAAAGCGUACGCAAAAUUGCAUGGAUCGUACGAGGCACUGAAGUAUGGCACGCUUCUCGACGGUUUGGCCGACCUGACCGGAGGCAUCACUGAGUCGAUAUCGAUCAAGAUGGAUAGCAACAUACUCAUACGGCCACCGCUACUGCAUAACCUCCUGGACACGACCAGCAUCAUCACCUGCACGAUCAACAAUGGUACCAUGACACAGAUUCGCAAUCAAACUGAAGCAUUACCGAACGGGAUCCAUGUUGGGAUUAAUUAUCGUCUUUGUUCAAUGGACAAGGCCGAAACGAUCAUGGGCGACACCGUUCAGCUGGUACGACUUCGAAACCCUUUGGCCCAAACUCUUAGCAAAUCUUCAAGCUUCAACGGAGACUGGUCAUCGUUUUCCGGCUCCUGGGAACGCGUUACGAUGAACGAACGGAAUCGUCUGAUCGAGCAGCUCGACCAGGGCGAGUUCUGGAUGUCCUUUUUCGAUAUGACCCAGACCUUCACGCAUCUUGAGUGCGUCCAUCUCGACUCGGAUACGGCUAGGGAUGAGCCCCAGCUAGCGGAUAAGAGUCGCCGAUGGCUAAUGCGAUUGUAUCAGGGUGCAUGGAAGCGAGGAGUUACGGCUGGCGGAUGUCGCAAUAAUCCGGACUCAUUCCACAUCAACCCACAGCUGCAGCUGUUUCUCAGCGAAAAGGAAGAUGUUAUCAUCUCAGUCAACCAACACAGUGUGCUAGAACCGAAAGUAAUCGGAUUUACCGUGUACAAUUUAAAUAGUGUGCAAAACAUCAAUGGAUGCCUCUCGAAAAAUUUCUUCAAGAAGCAUAAAAGCUUAGUCAACUCGCAGUACACCAACUCGCGACAGAUUAGUCAUCGAUGUUCGCUUGAUCCUGGUCGAUAUCUCAUCAUGGCUACCACAUUUGAACCAGCUGAAGAGGCAUCGUUCAGUGUGAGGGUACUGGGCAGUACCAUUCGGUUGGCCCUGCUCGAAACUCAGACCAUGCUUUUACUGGAUCCUUUCCCGCUGCUCAACUCCAACACCAAGAUUACGAUCGAUCCGUCUAACAACAAUAACAACAACAAUGGUAUCGCAUGCAGUACGGCACAGUACGAACCAGUUUUUAUGCAACUUGCAGACGAUCAAAGGACGUUAAAUUGCUUUGAUCUUCAAGAACUGCUCGAGGCGUGCCUCCCCAACGAUUAUAUUCGAAGCUGUGCCAGUAUAGAUGUCUGCCGUCAGGUGGUUUGUUUGAUGGAUAAAACGAAUCGAGGCCGCAUAAAUUUCAAUGAUUUCAACAAGUUCAUGAUCAACCUGAAAACCUGGUGGGGAGUGUUUAAGAUGCACACGAAGGAAAAAUCUGGCAUACUAAAAGCGGAACGAUUGCGGGACGCACUUUUCGACGUUGGGUUCCAGCUCAGUACGGACAAUAUAUCUAUCCUGAUCUUACGAUACAUGCGAAGAGAUGGAACGCUUCGACUGGCUGACUUCAUUUCUGCCAUCCUGCAUCUAACUAUGGCUUUCGAGUUAUUUAAAGCAAAGGAUACGAACCAGGAUGGCAUCAUUAGUAUGGGAAUGACGGAGUGGAUUAAAUCAGUGUUCAUGUGCUAAAGCAGACACCAAUAGCAGAUAAGCAUCAACUCCACAUAUAUAAUAUGCAGUCAUUG